AUGAAGUACUCCAUCGCUGCUCUCGCCAUCUUGGCCGCACCCUUUGCCAGCGCUGGAAGCCUCACUGAACUCCCCACUUGUGCUCAAUCCGCAGCGGAAGCCGGCAUCUCCGCCACGGGCUGCGCGGAAUCCGACUUCGCCUGCAUCUGCGGCGACUCCAAAUUCGUGACCUCGCUGCACAACCUGAUCGAAACGGUCUGCUCCGCCGCGGACCAGCAGGUCACCCUGGCCUUCGCGCAACAAAUCUGCGACGCCGUCGGCGUCACCCUCAGCAUCCCCACCCCGAGCGUCACAGCCUCGAGCAUCAUCCCGGCCACAACUGCUGCGUCGGUGCCGAGUGCGAUUGAAACGGCGGGUGUGACGAGCAGUGCUUCUUCGUACUCCACCCUCCCGACCCCAUCCGCUCCCUACGCGUUCGCAAACGGCAGUGCCAGCAUCAACGGUACCAACUCUACUAUACCGUUCACCGGCGAUGCCGCGGAGCGCAAGGCUAUGGGUUUCCAGCUGGCGGGUAGUGCAGUGUCGAUUGCUGUGUUGAUGGGGUUCUUUUUGUAG